AUUGCAAAUUGCAAUUAUUUUGAAUCUUGGUUGGUUUGUGACUUGUGAUAUCGGUGACCGGUGCAAGUUUUUUUUAUUUAUUAAUUACUAAGAAUUUUGCAAUCGUAUUCACAAUAAAUUAAAUAUUUAACAUUGGAUACACGAUACAGUGAACACUACUAACUGAAAGUAGUACAGAUUUUUAACAUUCCACUGUUUGUAACUUUGUAGCCGGCAUUUUGUAGUAACAUCAAAAUGACUAGCAAAAAUUGUCCUUUCAACGAUGUUCAAUUUCUUGAGCAAAUGAAAAAGUUUAUAGACCAAUGCAAGACGAACCCAAUGAUCUUGCAUCAUCCUGAAUUAUCGUUUUUUAAAGAUUAUCUUGUAUCACUUGGUGUUACGCCCUAUGCUGCUUUUGAUGCCAAAAGUUUCACCGCUUCAGGAGAUGGUCAUAAGCCCAGUACUGAUGACAAUGCAGCUGAUAAUAGGCCAGAAUCUCCUGAUUCAGAUCUAUCCGACUAUGAAUCUGAUGUUGAACUAGAUAUGGAAGGUGUUAUGGAAGGAGAUCCAACUGAAGCUGUACAAGAUAUGGGGGACCUCUCAAAAGAAGUUACAGAUGUGGAUAGGGAUAAUUCAGAUGAAAAGCGUUCUGCAGCUAUGAGAGCAUUUUCUGAGCAGAAAUAUGAAGAUGCAAUUACUUUGUACACAGAAGCUAUUAAGCUGAAUCCACAAAGUGCAUUGCUGUUUGCUAAAAGAGGUCAAGUUUUUCUAAAGCUCAAUAAAUUAUAUGCAUGUAUCAAAGACUGUUCUCAUGCACUUGAGCUGAACUGUGACAGUGCUGCAGCUUAUAAGUUCCGCGGAAGAGCAUACAGAUUAUUGGGCAAAUUUGAAGAAGCAUCACAUGACUUAUGUGAGUCCCUGAAGAUUGACUAUGACGACCAAACAAAUGAAUGGCUGAAUGAAGUUAAACCCAAUGCUGAGAAGUUGCGUCAGCAUAGACUUAGUGUUCAACGAAAGAAGGAAGAGAAGGAGCAUUCUGAGAAAUUACAAAGUGCUCGCAAGGCCCAAGAGGCCCGGGCCCAAGCUGCUCGGGAACAGUCACAAGCCAAUGAUUCGACCCCUAAGUUCACUGGAGGCUUUCCAGCGGGGAUGUCCAUAAACCCACAAGAUUUCAUAAACCUUAUGGCUGAGCACCCGGACCUGAUAAACACUAUUGCGGACCCCGAGGUGUCUCGUGCAUUCAUGGAUGUAUCUCAAAAUCCAGAAAAUUUUGUUAAAUAUGAGAACAACCCAAAGGUUAUGGCUGUUGUGGACUUAUUCAGAAAGAAAUUCCCUGGUAAAAUGCCGUUCGAGUUUGGUGCUAGUUCAGGAGCCAACCAACCAACAGGCGCCGGGCCGAAGACGGACGAUGAUGUGGAGUUGGAUUAAAUAUAUUACUGAUGAUUCAAUGACCAUCAAAAUUGGAAAUUUUUAAGUAAUGCCAAAUUAUCUUACAUAUUCUGCCAUUAUUAUAACUCACUUUAAAUAUCCCAGGAUUAACGUCUUGAGCUUUUUGUUAAUUAUUACCUCUUCGGAAGUGUAAUAGGGUUGCUUGAUAAAAUAAUUAAGUUAUAAAAAUUGUAAUACCACAUCAUUUACAAGAUACUGAAUGGUGGGUUUGUCACUAUUUUUUAUUGAAACUUGGGAACUCAAAGGUGGAUUUACAGAGAUAUAUAUUAUGCACCUUAUAGGGUGUGGGUCCCACAUGUUAAAAUUUAUUGAGAAAUUCUCACUUUUAAAAUUGGAGGGUAUUUCAGAGCUUCAACUAUCCAAACCUUUGUUUUUCAAUUGCUUUAAGUAUAUAUUAUAUCUUAGUUAAUAUAUAUAUAAAUAGACUGCAAAAUUUUAAGAUUUAUAUAUUGUAAAUUAUUGUUAAAAUACGUAAUAUUUAGCACUCUACGUAUUAAAAGCAUUUAUUUUGUGUCAUGGAACUUUCAACAUAUUGUUUUAUACACUACUUACAUUAUAACCAAUAAUUAUAUUUUAGUUUUAUAUUUUCGAGUUGUUAUUGGAAUUAAAUUCAACAAUAAAAAGAUAUGUGUUUAGUCACUUUAGAUUUAUGUUACUCAAGAAAUAAAAUAUUCACUGCAAA